GAGCAGGGGCUGGGGCGGAAAGUGAGGGGCUGAUCAUAGAAGAGUGUUUGGGGGCAGGCACCCGCGGGCCCCCUGAGAGUCAUAGUGCCAGCGCCGAACCUUGCUUCCCAGAUUCUGGGAGCGCUUAAUUCCUUGCUCUGGGAGAAACUUUGUCUGAUGUGAGCUCGACUGUCAGCGGCAGAGAACGAAAGGAUGUGCACUUUUUAUUGUCUGGGCAACACUGUACCGGUGUGCCUUGGACAUAAUGAUCUGGAAUUCUGCAUUCCUGCUUAUCAACUUGUUGCAUUUUCUGUACCUAUUGUACAAAAAGAGACCGAUAAAGAUUGAAAAGGAACUUACUGGUAUAUACCGGCGAAUGUUUGAACCACUACAUGUACCCCCAGAAUUAUUCAAAAGAUUAACUGGACAGUUUUGCAAUAUCCAGACCCUUAAAAAGGGCCAGACCUAUGCUGCAGAGGAUAAAACAUCUGUGGAUGACCGUCUGAGUAUCUUAUUGAAGGGAAAAAUGAAGGUCUCCUAUCGAGGACAUUUUCUGCAUAAUAUUUACCCCUGUGCCUUUAUAGAUUCCCCUGAAUUUCGAUCAACUCAGAUGAACCGAGGUGAAAAAUUUCAGGUCACUAUUGUUGCAGAUGAUACUUGUAGAUUCUUGUGCUGGUCAAGAGAGAGAUUAACCUUUUUUUUGGAAUCAGAGCCUUUCCUUUAUGAAAUAUUUAGAUACCUUAUUGGGAAGGAUAUCACAAAUAAGUUAUACUCCUUGAAUGAUCCUACAUUAAAUGAUAAGACUGCCAAAAGGUUGGAACGCAAGCCUAGUCUUUGCUCACAGAUUUCAGUGAUGCAAAUGAGAAACAGUAUGGCUAGUACAAGUGACAGUGAAGAUGGCUUGCAACAUUUCCUCCGGGGGACAUCCACUGCAUCCUCUAUUCGAUCACCCUCCCCAUACAUGAGAGCCUCUGAAAAAAUGAAGCCCAUUGAAGAAGCUGUUGAAGAUGAUGUCUUUGAGCCUGAAUCUCCAAUUAAAGUUAAAGUUCGUUGAUUGCAUCCAAGCUUAAAAAGAAUUAUGGAGGGUUUGUAGUUCUGGUCAAUUAAAAAAAUGUCAUCCUGAAGAGAAAAGCUAUCAGUACUUUUUAAAAAAAAGCUUUCAAAUUGUCCCAUCACGAUACAUCCAGAUUGUUGAAAUCUGGGGGUCAAUGAUGAUAUUAAAGGUUUUUUUAACCUGUU